GUAAAUUUGGCCUCAAGCUAUGAGUUUGCCUAUCCUUAAUUUACGUUCUCAUCGUACACAGCUAGCUCUGGCCGCUUUAGCAAGCUCAUUAGUAACAGCUGGAUCUUUCGCUGCUUAUAACAAAUUAUCCCGACGGAGGAGACGGAGACAACUUCAAGAAGACAUCCAAGAAGCGUUGUCUCGAGAGGAUGAACCGUCCGACAUUGCAGAUUCUCCAGAAAUUCAAACACCACCGGAUGCAUCUAUAUCAUCUCUGGUGCAAGAACGAAUUGAACCCGUGAAGGACCGGAUUUUGCGUGGCGAACAACCCGAAGAACUGUUCCGAGAACAGCUAGCACGAUGUUAUGCGUUAUUCAAGGAGGAAAGUAUGGAGCGAAUUAGAAACGCGAAAGUGGUCGUUGUAGGAUGCGGAGGUGUUGGGAGCUGGGCUGCAGUGAUGCUUGUUAGAUCGGGCAUAUCCAAUAUACGCCUUGUUGAUUUUGACCGUGUCACGAUGUCAUCACUGAAUAGACAUGCGACAGCGACGCUUGCUGACGUUGGGAGGUCGAAAGUCCAGGCUAUGAAGAGCGCGUUAAUGAGGAUGUCUUUGAAGGUUGAGGUUGAUACUAGGGAGGAGCUGUGGAGAAAAGAGGAUGGUUCCAUCUUGUUAGAAGGGGUGGACUGGGUGAUAGAUGCGAUAGACAAUAUUACAACAAAAGUAGACCUUCUCAAAUACUGCCAUGCUAACGGCAUAAAAGUCAUCUCCUCAAUGGGUGCAGGUUCCAAACUUGACCCGACCCGAAUCCAAAUCUCCGACAUAUCUUGUACGGCCGAAGAUCCCCUCUCCCGUUCAGUGCGCGUCCAACUCCGCAAAGCCGGUGUCUCAUCUGGCAUUCCGGUAGUCUACUCUACCGAAAAGCCUAUUGACGACAUUAAGCUACUUCCACUUGCAGACGAGGAAUUUGAAAAGGGGAAUAUACAAGAAUUGACGCCGUUUGAUGAUUUCCGAGUUAGGAUUUUACCCGUUUUCGGACCGCUUCCGUCGAUCUUUGGCUUGAACGCUGCGGCAUAUGUGUUGUGUGAAAUCGCAGGAAAGCCAAUUGCGAACCCACUUUGGAUCAAGAAUCGGCAUAAGACGUAUGAGAAGCUCCUUCGCGAGUUGAAAGUACGAGAGGAGAAGAUUACGGGUGAACAGAUCAAUCGCCUACCUAUUGACGAGACAGAUGUUGCAUAUAUCUAUGAGGACCUCCAUCGAGGCCGUUCUCUCAUUCCUCCGCAUCGUGUGCCAAACAAAGCUGCUCUCACACGCUGGGACCCAUCCGAGCCGGUUACGGUGCAGAAUUGUGUUGUACUAGACUUGCCAGAGCUGAAGAAGUACGAUGAAGGAGUCAAGGAAAGGAAGAGGCCGGAGGAAAUUUGGGGCGAGGACGUGCAAGCUUUGGUAGAGAGAAGGAGGAAGGAAGCGAGUGAAUGGUGGGAGAAGGCGAUGCAGUGA